UAAUAAUACUAAUGGUACACUCUUCAUUUAAGGUUGUCAUAGCUGUUUUAAGGGUCCAAGUUCAGCUCUGCAGACCCCAGUUGACCUGCAAACUAGUGGAGGAAAAACAACUUGCAUCAGUUCAAAAAAUUAUAAAUCAUGCGAAUUACAUGGGGAAUUCUUUGACUACAAUGACUUUCAGCCUAGGUGGAUAAGUAUGAGUGACAGUAUUAUAUUCAGCCUCAAAAAAGACAAUCAGAAAUUUUUUAUAGAGUGGAAAAGAGACACAGCUGGAAAACUGUCUGGAAGAAUCAUCCGUCUUAAGUUUGCUUGCUCCAAUAAAACAGGACAAGCACCAAUAAUGACACGGUGUAUGCUUAUCAAGGCACAAGGAAAUGUGACCUAUUUGUCUGGUUCAAGUAGAAGUGCAAGUUCUUUAACACAAUCUAGCUACCUAGCUGUUACAACCUCCAUCCCAUCAAUAACACACUCAUCACCAUUACUGUCGUCACCGCAAUUGUCAAUGUCAGAACCAUUGCCUUCAUCCCCCAUACCAUCACCUUCCACAUCACCAUCCCCCUCAUCAUCACCAUCAUCAUUCUUAGUUUUUGCCAUAAGCACCAGAACAUCAAGAUCCGCAUCUACUGGAAUAUUGACGCUUUCCACAUCAACGCCUAGACAAUCAAGAUCACUUCAUACAAGACCAGCUUUUGCUACGUCUGGGCCAGAUCUGUCACAGUCGAGGACAGGACACCAAAGUUCAUUGCCAUUCUACUCAGAGGGAGCUUCUAGUCAUUUAGUAAGCAAAGGCAUCCCAAACACUAUUAUCAGCACCUCAAACUCUAUAAAACCAUCAAAGUCAUCCUUAGCUGCUGAAACAUCUUCUAGAUCUGCUGUUAUUGAUGGACCAGGUAACAAAAAAGGAAGAACAAGUGGAAAUGAUAAUGGAACUGUAAUUGGUGCAGCAGUGGGUGGUGCUGCUGUUUUUGGAGUUUUCAUCAUCGUGAUUAUUGUAUUUUGCAAACGAAGAAAGUUGGGGAAAGGCAAGGACAAGGCAACAAAACUAGAAGUUAAGAACCCUGUGUAUGGGAGUUCAGACAUCCCACUGAGUUUAACAACAGAAAACCCAGUCACAACUUCCAUGGGUCAAGAUAGUCAACCAACAUACCAGGACCUGAUAACUGAUAACGGAAAAAUGGGUGGAGUAGAGAUAUACAGCAAUCCUGACGAUGAUGAUUAUGAUAACUACAGUGCUUACCAAAGUCUGGACAAAAAAGUACCAGGGAGUCCUGUUUACCAGAGUUUGACAAAAGGACAACUUAACACAAGAAAACCAACUCCAAAAUCAAAGCCUAGUGUAACCGGACCACCAAGAGAAAGACCUAAAGUUACAGCAGAACCUGUGUAUAAUGUUACUGAACAACCUAACACAGAGCAAGGUACCAUGCCAGAGAAAGUGAAUGGAGGUCUAGAACAAGAUGGUGAUGAACACACACAAGAGCCAGUUUAUAAUGUGCUUGAUGCGUCUGAUACAGAAGAAAAUUAUGAAGCUCCAAAUGUUGGUGAUUCUCUGUACAAUGUGCUUGAAGAGCCUGAAUCCAUGCAGGAUCAACAGCAACCUCUGUAUAAUGUGCUAGAGAGCUCUGAUGCUGAAAAAAGCAGUCACCAAGGAGCACAGGGUUCAUGUGGUUUAAGUGAUGAGCCUGUGUAUAAUGUUGUUGAGGGGCCAGAUUCAGAUGGACCAAAUAAGAAUAGUGGUGGCUACGAUGCUCCAAUUGGGUCCUUCUCUCCAGGUGGCCAUGGCAACCCAGCCUAUGAACAAAGCCUUGAUUUUGGACCAAAUAAGAAUGGUGUUAGAUGUGGUGCUCCAAAUGGGUCCUCCCCUCCAGAUGCCCAUGACAAUCCAGCCUAUGAACAGAGCCUUGAUUUUGAUGUACCAUAUGCCUCGGUACAAAGGCCUGGGCCACAAAGAGAGUCUGUCUAUGAACCCCUGAGGGGACCUAAUGAUCAGGAUCUUUAUGAGCCCCUAAAGUAAAGGAGAAGGUAAAAUGCCAAGAAGCUGUAACGAACUGCAUUAUUUUGUUGUAGUUCUCAAACUGCUGUAAAAGUAAUAAUUUCAAUAUGGUACUACAUUAAUUGACAAGGCAAAUAAUUGUUAAAUUGGUUGCAACAAUCUGCACAGUGGCACCACAGUUUUUUUAAUACUGCUGCAACAAACAAAUUUGUGACAGGUUUUUUUUUUUUUAAAAAAACUUAACAUUGGCCAAUUUAUAUCAAGCAUUUCUUUUGGCUGGUGACAAGUACACAUAAUCUGGUAUAAUACUGAUUUAG